AUGAAUAAAGGUGUUGACAAAAAGUUUAUCGGUUGGAACAAUUUAAAAGUAGCACCCAGAGGAAAUGUUCGAGAAUUUGUCGAAAAACAUAAUGGACAUACAGUUAUCACAAAAAUUCUAAUAGCAAAUAAUGGUAUCGCUGCUGUAAAAGAAAUCCGUUCUAUUAGAAAAUGGGCUUAUGAAAUAUUUGGUGAUGAACGUUCUAUCGAAUUCACUGUUAUGGCCACUCCUGAAGAUUUGAAAAUAAAUGCUGAAUAUAUUCGAAUGGCUGAUCAAUAUAUUGAAGUUCCUGGUGGUUCUAAUAAUAAUAAUUAUGCCAAUGUACCUCUAAUUGUCGAUAUAGCUGAGCGAACAGGCGUUCAUGCUGUAUGGGCAGGAUGGGGUCAUGCGUCAGAGAAUCCUCGCUUGCCUGAAGCACUUGCACAAUGUAAAAACAAAAUCGUAUUUAUAGGCCCUCCUGGUUCUGCUAUGCGUUCUCUUGGUGAUAAAAUAUCUUCAACUAUCGUGGCUCAAUCAGCUGAUGUCCCUACAAUGGAGUGGAGUGGUAGUGGUAUUACGGAGACUGAAUUUGAUGAUAAUGGUCAUGUUAUGGUUCCUGAUGUUAUUUUUGAGAAAGCAUGUGUAAAAGAUGCUGAGGAUGGUUUGAUAAGAGCCAAUAAAAUAGGUUUUCCUGUUAUGAUAAAAGCAUCAGAGGGUGGUGGUGGUAAAGGUAUACGUAAAGUUGAAACUCCUGAUAAUUUUAAACAAGCUUUCGCUCAAGUUCGAGGUGAAGUUCCUGGUUCUCCAAUUUUUAUUAUGAAACUUGCUGGUAAUGCUCGUCAUUUAGAAGUUCAAGUUAUUGCUGAUCAAUAUGGUAAUGCAAUUUCGUUAUUUGGUCGUGAUUGUUCUGUACAACGGCGUCAUCAAAAAAUUAUUGAAGAAGCUCCAGUAACUAUAGCGAAUCAUGAUACUUUUAAAGCUAUGGAACAAGCUGCUGUUAGAUUGGCUAAAUUGGUUGGUUAUGUUAGUGCAGGCACCGUAGAAUAUCUUUAUUGUAAUGAUGAUAUUUUUUGUUUUCUUGAAUUAAAUCCAAGAUUACAAGUAGAACAUCCAACUACCGAAAUGGUUUCUGGUGUAAAUUUACCUGCUGCUCAAUUACAAAUUGCAAUGGGAAUUCCUCUUCAUCAAAUUCGUGAUAUACGUGUACUUUAUGGUUUAGAUCAUAAUGGUACUUCUGAAAUUGAUUUUGAUUUUUCAAAUCCGGAAUCCUUGCAAACUCAAAGAAAACCUGCUCCUAAAGGUCAUGUAAUUGCUGUCAGAAUCACCGCUGAAAAUCCUGAUGCUGGUUUCAAACCUAGUAGUGGAAUGGUUCAUGAAUUAAAUUUCAGAAGUAGUACUAAUGUUUGGGGUUACUUUUCGGUAAAUUCGGCUGGUGGUCUUCAUGAAUUUGCAGAUUCUCAAUUUGGUCAUAUUUUUGCUUAUGGUGAAAAUCGUCAACAAUCACGUAAAAAUAUGAUAAUCGCUCUUAAAGAACUAUCAAUUCGUGGUGACUUUCGAACUACUGUUGAAUAUUUAAUAAAAUUAUUAGAAACAAAUACAUUUGAGGAAAAUAAAUUUACAACUGGUUGGUUGGAUACCUUGAUAUCUGCUGAAAACUUAACUGUAGAGAGACCUGACAAGAUGCUCGCUAUUAUAUGUGGCGCUGUUGCGAAGGCUUACACUAAAUCACAAGAAUCUUUAGCUGAAUAUAAACGUUUCUUAGAAAAAGGUCAAAUUCCUAGCAAGGACAUUUUACAAACUGUCUUUACUAUUGAUUUUAUAUAUGAGGGUAUUCAAUAUAAAUUUACUGCCAUGCAAUCCGCUCCUUAUUCCUUCAUUCUAUAUUUAAAUGGUUCCAAGACUCAAGUAUCAGUUAGAGCUCUUUCUGACGGCGGUCUUUUAGUGUUAUUAGAUGGCAAAAGUCAUACAUGUUAUUUCCGUGAAGAAGUCCAAGCAACUCGUUUAAUGAUUGAUGGUAAAACUUGUUUAUUAGAACAAGAAAAUGAUCCAACUCAACUUCGUUCUCCAUCUCCUGGAAAACUUGUAAGGUUCUUGGUUGAAUCUGGAGCUCACGUUCAUAGUGGUGAUGCUUAUGCUGAAAUAGAGGUGAUGAAAAUGUAUAUGCCUUUAAUAGUUACUGAAGAUGGUGUCGUACAAUUUAUAAAACAAGUAAAUUCAACACUUGAAGCUGGUGAUAUAAUUGGUAUUCUUACUCUGGAUGAUCCAAGUCAUGUUCGACAUGCGACUCUUUAUGAGGGUCAGCUUCCUUUUAUGAACCCACCAGUUAUUAUAGGUGAUAAGGCUCAUCAAAGAUAUGUUGAAGUUAAACAGAAUCUUGAAAACAUCUUAGACGGUUAUGAUGAUCACACAAAAUUACAAAGUAGUGUUAAAGAAAUAAUGGAUCUUCUUAGAAAUCCUGAAUUGCCUUAUUUGGAAUUUCAUUCUGUUUUAUCAACACUUCCUGGAAGGAUUCCAGUCAAGAUUUAUUCUACUCUACAAGAUGAAACUGCUAAACAAGAUCGUGAAUUUCCUGCAAAACAUCUUAAACAAUUAAUCGAUAAUUAUUCGCGAGAUUUUGUCUCCCUUGGUGAUUCUGCAACCUUUACGUCAUCAAUAAGUCCUUUAAUGGAGGUUAUUAAUCGAUAUAUGUCGGGAGUUAAAUACCGUAAAUGGAAUGAAAUAAUAUACUUCUUGAAUAAGUAUCAUGAAGUUGAAGCACUAUUUUCAGACUCUAAUAAACGUGAAGAGGAGGUUAUCCUUGCUCUACGUGACACUUAUAAGAACGAUCUUGAUAAAGUGAUUAGAAUUGUAUUGUCACAUUCAAAAGUUAGUGCAAAAAACAAUUUGAUAAUACAUUUGUUAGAUCAACUUAAGCCUGAUAAUGUUGGACAGGCUCUUGACAAGUUCUUCUCGCCUGUACUAAAAAAAUUAGCCGAACUUCGAGGAAGAGUUACGACUAGCGUUUCACUUAAAGCUCGUGAAUUAUUAAUACAUUGUCAACUACCAUCAUAUGAAGAAAGAUCUGUACAAAUGGAACAAAUUCUUAAAGCAGCUGUUAUUGAAAGUCAUUAUGGUGACGAUGGUUAUGACUAUCGUACUCCAAGUUAUGAUUCCCUCAAAGAACUUAUUGACACGCGAUUUGCUGUAUUUGAUAUCUUACCGAAUUUCUUUUACCAUAAUGAUGCGUGGAUUAGUCUUGCUGCACUAGAAGUAUAUGCCAGACGUGCAUAUCGUGUUUAUCAACUUAUGGACUUUGAAUACUACCCAGAACAAGUUCCUUAUAUGAUUUCCUGGAAGUUUAUACUUCACAACAAUAACCCAGAUACCACACCAAAACCAUUAUCUCCAUUAACUUCACAAUCUUCACUUUACCGUAUAUCACGUAAUGGAUCUAUAUCAGAUUUAAGUUACAUGACUCCACGCAUGGAUAACGACAAUGAACAUGUUCGCGUUGGUGUGAUGAUUUCGUGCACUUCUAACGCAGAAAUUGAACAAAACUUUCCGCGUAUUUUUGAUGUAUUUCGUCAAAAUGGACGUCGAGCACAAGAUCUAACAGAUAGCAUUGCCAAUAACAUCAUUAAUAUCGCAUUAAGAUUGGAUGAUGACCCAUUAGAAGAUGAAAUUCUUAAACGAGAUUUACAGCCUAUAGUUCAACGUCAUACAGUUGAACUCAGUGAACACGGAAUUAAACGUGUCACGAUUGUCUUGUUCCGAAAAGGCCAGUAUCCAGGAUAUUUUACUUUUCGUGAGGCCAAUAACUUUGCUGAAGAUCAAACAAUUCGACAUAUUGAACCAGCUAUGGCAUAUGAACUUGAACUUUCAAGGUUAUCGAAAUUUGACAUUAAACCUUGCGCUACUGAUAACAGACAAAUUCGCGUGUAUUAUGCAAUUGGUAAAGAAAACACCUCGGAUUGCAGAUUCUUUGUUCGUGCUUUAGUUCGAUCUGGCCGUAUGAGAAAUAGCGUACAUACAGAAUAUCUCCUUUCAGAAUCUGAUCGACUUUUGAAUGAAAUUUUAGAUACCCUUGAAAUUGUUAGUUCUAAUCACAAGAAUUCAGACUGUAACCAUUUAUUCAUAAAUUAUAUUCCAACUUUCGUUUUGGAACCACGUCAAAUUGAAGAGGCCGUUAAAAACUUUAUUGACAGACAUGGAAAAAGGUUAUGGAGAUUACGUGUUACUGGUGCUGAAGCUCGGUUUAAAGUUGAAGAUCCUAUAAAAGGCAAUCAAUAUCCUCUUCGUGUCAUCAUCAAUAAUGUUUCUGGUUAUGUUGUUAAAAUAGAGACUUACCAAGAGGUUAAAACUGAGGGUGAUAAUACAAUUCUUAAAUCAAUUGGAAAAAUAGGAUCUAUGCACCUACAACCAACACACACUCCUUAUUCAACCAAGGAAUGGCUACAACCAAAACGUUUCAAAGCUCAUCUUAUGGGUACUACAUAUGUUUAUGAUUUUCCCGAGCUGUUCCGACAAGCAGUUCGUACACAAUGGAAUCGAGCUGUUCAUAAUUGUCCCGAAUUGAAAUGCCCAACAGACAUACUAGAGGCUAAAGAAUUAGUUUUAGACGAAAAAGGACAAUUGCAAGAAGUUGAUCGUUCUCCUGGUACCAAUUCAUUUGGUAUGGUAGCAUGGAUGCUUACAUUAUUUACACCAGAAUAUCCUAGAGGUCGCAAAAUUAUUGUAAUUGCAAAUGAUAUUACAUAUCAAAUCGGCUCAUUUGGUCCUGUUGAAGAUCAGUUCUUUGCCAAAGCUACAGAACUUGCAAGAAAAUUGGGAAUCCCGAGAAUAUAUCUUUCAGCUAAUUCUGGAGCCAGAAUUGGGUUGGCAGACGAAAUAAUUAAUCAUUUCAAAGUUGCUUGGGUUGACGAAAAUAAUCCUAGUAAAGGCGUGAACUAUUUAUACCUUGAUUCUGAAACUUACAAACAAUUGAACCAGAAUAGGCAAAAAUCCGUAAUCGUUGAAGAAUUAGUUGAGGAAGAUGAAGUUCGAUAUAAAAUCACUGAUAUUAUAGGUAUUACUGACGGGCUUGGUGUAGAAUCUUUGAAAGGUUCAGGUUUAAUAGCUGGCGCAACUUCACGUGCAUACGAAGAUAUAUUUACCAUUACUCUUGUUACUUGUCGUUCAGUUGGUAUCGGUGCAUAUUUAGUUCGCCUUGGUCAGCGAACCAUCCAGAAUGAAGGACAACCAAUUAUACUUACAGGUGCAUCAGCUUUAAAUAAGGUUCUUGGUCGAGAAGUUUACACAUCAAAUCUACAGCUUGGAGGUACACAAAUUAUGUACAGAAAUGGUGUAUCUCAUAUUACUGCUCAGAAUGAUUUAGAAGGCAUUACAAAGAUUAUUCAAUGGCUCUCAUAUAUACCAUCGUCUAAAAAUUCACCUGUGCCUAUAUUUCCCAAUUCUGAUAGUUGGAACCGAGAGAUUGAUUACAUGCCACCUAAAGGGCCAUACGACCCUCGUUGGUUAAUUACUGGAAAAUACGAAUCUGAUAAAUGGAUUAGUGGAUUUUUUGACCGUAAUUCAUUUGUAGAAACGCUUGGUAAUUGGGCUAAAACAGUUGUUGUUGGUCGUGCACGCCUUGGCGGAGUUCCUAUGGGUGUAAUUGCAGUUGAAACACGUGUUGUAGAACAUAUAGUUCCCGCUGAUCCUGCUAAUUCCGAAUCUCAACAGCAAGUAAUGAAAGAAGCAGGUCAAGUUUGGUAUCCAAAUUCAGCCUAUAAAACUGCACAAGCCAUUAAUGAUUUUAACAAAGGUGAACAGUUGCCUCUAAUGAUCUUUGCAAAUUGGCGUGGAUUUUCUGGUGGUCAACGUGAUAUGUUCUUAGAGAUAUUGAAAUAUGGCUCAUAUAUUGUUGAUGCACUCACAAAUUACAAACAACCCGUUUUUGUCUAUAUUGUACCAAACGGAGAGCUUCGUGGAGGUGCAUGGGUGGUGGUAGAUCCAUCAAUUAAUGAAGACAUGAUGGAAAUGUAUGCUGAUGCAAAAUCAAGAGCUGGUGUCCUUGAGCCUGAAGGAAUUGUUGAGAUCAAAUAUCGAAAACCGCAACUACUUGCUACAAUGGAACGUUUAGAUGAAACAUAUCGUAAUCUUAAAAAAUCGUUAGAAGAUCCUUCAAAAACUGAAAUGGAAAAAUCUGAAAUUAAGAUGCUUUUGGAGUCUCGAGAAAAUGAAUUACUCCCUGUUUAUUCUCAAAUUGCUUUGCAGUUUGCUGAUUUACAUGAUACACCUGGUAGAAUGAAGGCUAAAAAUACAAUUAGGAAAGUUUUGAAAUGGCAAGAAGCUAGAAAAUUUUUCUAUUGGCGUGUGAGGAGACGGUUACAUGAAGAAUAUGUAUUUAAAAAAUUGACUGCUGUUAAUCCUAAUCUUACAAAGACUCAAAUGAAAGGUUACUUAGCUACAUGGUUUUAUGACGAUGUUGGAGAAGAAUUAGAUUGGGAAGAAUCAGAUGUUGAAAUUGUGUAUUGGUUCGAUAAAAUGCUUAGUAGUUUAGAAACAAAUUCCCACAAUAGUAACAACGAAUAUGAUACGGAUGGUGAAACAUCUAGUAAAUCGUCGUCGUCAAUUGAGGCAAGAAUUGAAAGUAUAAGAAACGAAGCAAUAGCUCAACAAAUAUUUGAAUUAGGAAAGACCAAUAUACAGGCUGUUUUAGAUGGAAUAACAUCAUUAUUAGAACAUUUAGAUCCGGAAGAAAAAAAGAAUAUCUUAAAACAAUUAACUGGUACUUUAUAG